CGUAAGGGGACAGCAGGUCACUUGGUAACUAUAAAAGGGCCCAGCUUGCAUUGCCUUCUCAUUAUUAUAUCACUGAAGGUGCUGAGUGAUUGCUCUUUCUGACUGACAUUACGCUUACGACAAGUACAAUGGCAACAGCAACGAUGUCUCAGAUCUCUUCGCCUCUGGUUUCUCGUGGAGGUGUUGCGUACACCAGCAGCAGGCUUCGUCACACACCCACGACGUGCUUGAUGUUCCGGCCUCGCCGCUGCAACGGUGUCCCCAACUACGCCAGUCGUCCCGCUUUCCGACCUCAGGCAGGACGAUGCAACUCUGGAUGGGCUGGCGGCAGCGCUUUUGGCGCGGGGCCGCAGGUGUUCUGGGGUGCUGGUGCAAACCCGCAGUCUUGGGAGCAGCUGCUGCGCACGUGGGGCGUGUCGGCUGACCCUGCCAAGAUCCAGGAGAUGAUGCGCAACUUGGAGCGUGGCCAGUCUCCUUGGGACAACGUGAACGAGGUUGUGAACGAUGUCACCAGCGCCUUCAUCCUCCCAAUCGAUGUUGAGGACGCAGAUGACAGCUACCACUUCAUCGCUGACGUGCCAGGCCUUGAGAAGGGCGACAUCAAGAUCCGCGUGAAUCAGGAGGAGCGACAGCUAACCAUCAGCGGCGAGCGCCGGCGAGCCGAGGCGGCUGACGGCGCGGCCAAGCCGCGCCGCCGCAGCGAGCGCCGCUUCGGCAAGUUUGAACGCAAGUUCAAGCUGCCCAAGGACGCUGAUGUGGAGGCCGUCACCGCCCGUGUGGAGAAGGGUGUGCUGACACUGAUGGUCCGCAAGACCGAAGCAGCGCGCUCAAAUGAGCGUGAUGUGAACAUCGAUUAGGGCUGUGCAACUACCUGCGCAACGGAGCCUUACUCCAAACGCAUGCAAUGAUAUUUUUUCCUGCCUUCAAUGCCGGUCCUGUAUUUGCUUGUAUGAUGUAGUGUGUAGUCUUUGAGUCUUGGCUUAGUAUAGCUGUUGGUCAAUUUCCUGUAGAUCUUGAAUUUUCUUGUAUCAAGACAAAAUAUUGGGUUCCACUGUAUUGAUACUGAUUCUCCCAGAUCAGUCGAUGCCAUUUGAUCAGUGUAGGUUUGUUGGCAUUGAUGUUUUAACGUGGUGUUCAGUAUCCUGGCACCCAGCUCUUAUCUCUUGUAAAUGUUUAUAAGGUC